AGGAGACUGACUUCCCCCAAGCAGACAAACCAUAAGAGCAAAGGCUGGUGUGGUGAAAAGUAGCGACAUGUCAUCGAAAUACGGCGGCCUCCCAGACAUCGACACAGCGCCGGACGUAUACGAGACCGAAGAUGUCCUGGAGAGUUCUAGCAUCUCGGCACGUGUGUCUUCUUCUCGAAAGAGGGACCACGAGUUUGGGAGAGGAAGCAGCGGCAGCAAGUCUGGGUCGGGUGGCGCGGCCGCGACGCAGAGCGAAGACAUCGAUAACAACGGUCUCAGUGUCGCUGAGGCCGCGAGGCGAUUCCAGAAGAGCACACGAGUCGAUGCAGCUUGCGCAGACUUUUCCGGUACACUGAAACGUAAGCCACGAGCAGCGGCGCAGAUCUACCCCGUUACCGCGUCCUUCGAGACGGAGACCUAUGAGCUUGCUGGGUACUCUUCUACAAAUGGUCUUCGAGAUGGCGCAGGUCCUUCUGAAUCGCGCGUCGACAAAUUACGGAGAUUGCGGUGGGAGAUCGAAGAGCUGGAGCGUGAAGUCUUCGCAUCUGCAUCGGCAUCUACGUCCGGCACAGGCAUUGCUGCUGGGGAGGGGGAUGAGAGUGAACGACAAGCAGCGGCGAAAGGGGGACAACGAAAGGACAAAGACGUGGUCCCUCCUGCAGCGAUCUUGGAGCAGCUAGCCGGGCUCUCCAGCUCGCUCUCUCGCGUAGAAGCAGCAGCAGCAUCUGCGAACCGAGCGGGCGAGAGAAACGAAUGGGCAGACGCGACACGAGAGCUCAUCAGGAGCUUGGACGGCGUCCGAGUCGGCAGCACCACCAGCAGCAGUGACACUAAGGAUGCUGUUGGUGGCGAGGCACAAGGUUCAGCGGCAGCUACCGCUCUUCAAGAGGGAACGACACUGCCACUGCCACAGCUGGAAGGCAAAGUGGUGGAGCUGGAAAAGUUCGUUGGCGUGCGCGAUAUCUUGAUGGACGAAACAAAAGGACUGCAGAGACCACUGAUCGAGUCGGUUGCGCGCCUGGAGCACCAGCUCACGCUGCUCACGCAGCCGCGGCAGCUGGACGCGAUCAGUCGACGCGUCAAGGUGCUCUCUACCGAGCUAGAGCGAUUGCACGAGACGAAGCGUAAGGCGCCUGCUGGUGCUGGUGUGGGCGAUGGUAGAGGCGCGGCUGCUGCUGCUGCGAGCCAAUCCCCAGCAGAUGGAGGCAAGGGUGCGGCAAGGGAAGGGGGAGGAGGGGCAGGAGCGGGGUUGGGAGUAGGGAAGCUGGAUGCAGAAACGGCGCAGAAGCUCUCGACGCUGUUUGCGCUGCAGAAGCGACUGGAGCCGCUGAUCCCGCUCGGGGGCUCGCUGCUGGGGCGGAUGCGCUCGCUGUCGGCGCUGCACGCAUCGAGCAGCUCGUUCGCGCGGCGGCUCGACGCGGCGAUGCAGGCGGAUGCGCAGCUGCGCCGCGGGCAGGAGGAGCUGCGCGCGCUGCUGGACGAGGCGCAGGAGAGCCUGCAGACCAACGCGUGCGCUGUUCAACGCAACUUGGACGCUACCGAGACGCGGAUAGAGGGCCUAAUGCAGCGGCUGAAUCGCCUCGAGCAGCCGCAGGAGAAGUAGAGGUUCGUUGCGUUGUAUUGCAAUGGGUCGCAAUGUGAGGGAUGUACAAGAUGCGCAUUUGAGCGCAUAGGCAUGUGAGCUGCCUCCCCCACUUCCGCCUCCAUCUCCUCAAUUCAUUAUUCUGUUGUGCUACACACCACCUCCUUUUGGGCCACCUGGCAGCCUCGAUAUCGAGCACCGACCCCCAAUCCCUUUUUCCAGCUGGCCCUCCUCGUCGUCUGCGCUGCCGUGGCGCGCUACCGGAGACGCACGCACACACUUGACGUAACACAUGAUCUCUCUUUUCUCGACAACGGCAAAGGAGGAGGAGGAGGUUGACGUGCCGAUCGACGACCCAGUCACUGGUGUCCAUACGCCUACCCAGAAAAGGUGCUGUGACGCGCGUGGGUUAGUCACUCCCCUUCCCCUUGGCUGAGAGGAGCGUGAAAGGAGAGAGCAGAGAGGCGUGGGGCGCGCGCGCGGAGCGGA